UCAUUAACUCCGAGAUCGAUAGAUGCACUGGAAUCCCCACUAGUCGGAAUUUCAUUUCUCCGGCGAUAUUCCGGCGAUUCACUGUCCCUUGUCUUGGAUCAAUGAGAAUGGAAGUAGCUAUUGAGUUUUAUACUCAAGCUUCAUUGUUAUUAAAAUGAGCUCUUUAUUACUGGAUUUUAGGUGGGAAACUGAGCUUUUCACCUUCUGAAUUCCAUUAGCUAAGCCGGAAAAUUUACCAGUAAUUUUUCACGGAUUGGAGACUUAGUGACUGGUAUCGACGACUACUAUGCGCCAUUUCGACAGACGGAGUUCACAUUCGAUUUGGUAUGAGAAGUCGGAAACUGAUUUACUCUUAGAGAGAUGCCUAUUCUUAACCGUCAUCUUUAUUUUUCAAGCGAAUUUCUGGUAAAAGAAUGCUUAAUGUAUCGAAUUUCCUGCAACUUUAAGUAUUUACCCUGAAGCUCUUUACUAAUUGUGAGGCUAUCAAGUAAGGGCAAAUUUCUUUGAAGGCCUACCCACUAGCUGCCGGAAAAACUCUUUGUCUGCUGACUUUACAGAGAACAUACAUUUUCCGGAGAGUACUAGUAAUUUUCGGGUCGGAAUAUUGAUUUUUACGACGAGGAGUAUCAGUACCCGGGCGAGGUUGGUAAAGUGACAGAUAGGUUUAAGCCUGAUUUUGACUUCAUAUUUGGUUGUCUUAUAUUGUGGUAUGGGGCCUCAAUCUAUGAAGAGAUAUUAUUGUGGGCUCUGUUUGGUGGCAAUGGCUUUGUUUUUUUGUCAUCUGUUUUCUCCCGAAAAUGGCUUGUCUUACCCAUGGAGUAAAAUUCUUAGUCAAACUCUGGUCGAUACAUUGAGGAAUUCCAGUUCUCGUGAACUUCUCACGCUAGCUGAAGAGACGGAUCGAAUCGGUGACUCGUGUUCGAGAGAUGACAUCGAGGUGUAUCAAGGCGACACACGACCUUUACCAAAUGGUAUCCCCACUUAUACAGUCCAAAUCCUUAACGUUUGCUUGAGAAGUAACUGUGAUAUCUCAGCCAUCCAUCUUCGUUGUGGAUGGUUCAGCUCGGCUCGCAUGAUCAACCCCAAGAUUUUUCGACGACUGGGAUUCAACGAUUGCCUGGUUAAUGAUGGUCGUCCUCUUAGAUCAGGAGGAAGCCUCUCUUUUCAGUACGCCAACAGCUUCCGUUACCCCCUCUCCGUCUCCUCUGUUAUAUGUUCUCAAUAGUUUUCUUUUGUUUUUAAUUUUUAAUUUUGUA